AACUCUGUAAGAUUCUCUUGAGGAGACAGGGAGCUCCGAGUCAGUGCUAAGAGCCCGGGAGAAGUACAGGCAGUGUGUCGGGAUUAAGGACAGAGCACAUCUCUGGGUCACACAGAAACACUCUACACCCAACACAUACUUCAACUUUUUUAUAUGAUGUGGUAACAGAACAUUCUGUCCCAUCCUUAUCUUCCUGCUGAAUAUAUAUGUGCAGCCUGCAUGUCAGAGGCUGGUGAGUAACAUUGCUUUUAUAUGAUUAAGACAUUUUUGGGGGAUUCGCUGCAUUAUGUGAAGAUCCCUCACUAAACACUAACAUAAGACAAUGGGUGCAGCAUUAACUGAAAUGGAAAAUGUUUCAUCUAAACAUUAUUAUUGUCAACUUCAAGGCAACAUAUUCCAUGGUGUUGUACAGCUGGCUUACCAGACUCGUGGGCUUACAUGUUAAUCAGUUUUAAAGGAGGAAUGCUAUUUUGAAGAAUGGUGAACUAUGAGGACAACAAGCCCCUUCCGGCAGUAAAAAGCCUGCCUUCAGGGGUUAGGUUACCAGAAGAUAAUCCCAGAGACACCCAAUUUCCAGCCUGGUUGGGGGUGGAGGAGAGUGGCACAAGUGACCUGAAACCAGGCAGAUGGGUUUAAAUGAAGAGAAGACCAAGCAAACAAAUCCCUUAUCCACAUCAUUAACAGGGCAAAGCAAAGCAUUUAACAGAUAUUAAAAACAAAGCAAAGGGCAUGGAAAUGGUAAAAAAAAGCUAUUUGGAUUAGUACUUUUUCUGCAUUUGAUGCCCACAGUACGGUUUGACCACUUCACACAUAGGACAAUCACUGGAAUUCUACAUACCAUCUCUGUCAGCAAAGGGGUUAAGCAACCACCUCCCACACACAAAAAAAUAUCAAGACUCUCCUUGUGUGGCAGAAGAAAGGAGGGUGAAAGGCUAGCGAUUAGAGCAGAGAGCUAUCAAGGAGAGUACCCUUCCAUGCCUCUGGUACAAAGAUAAACACCUUAUUUACACAGCGAGCAAAGAAGACAUCAACUGCUUCUCAAGACUCUUGGACUCCAACACCUCAUUUGCCUUUCUGCAGGCAUGGCAAAGUGUCCUGACUCCACCAGCAUAUUCACAGAGAUGGAUACAGAUUUUUUCUAAACUUCCUUGCUAUGGGUGAAAUUGGGAAACUUCCCAAGUAACUGGGACAUGCUAGUGGUAGCAUUGGCAUCUCCUCAGUUUGCCAGAGCACCAGCUGACUCCCUAUCUGUUCCCUGGCACGAAAUGCCAACUCUCAACCCUUCUUAUUCAGUGGGUGUCCCAAAUACAACUGCAUCAGUUGCAGUUCCAGAAAAAUGCUGGCUGGCUCUGCUCACCAUUAUGGUAAUUGUGCCCACUAUUGGAGGCAAUAUCUUGGUAAUCUUGGCAAUUUCUCUGGAGAAGAAGUUACAGAAUGCCACCAACUACUUCCUUAUGUCAUUGGCUGUUGCAGACCUUUUGGUUGGAAUAUUUGUGAUGCCCAUCGCUCUCAUCAAUAUUCUCUUCCAACAAGUCUGGCAACUGCCACAGUGCCUGUGCGCCAUAUGGUUAUUCCUUGAUGUCCUGUUUUCCACUGCAUCCAUAAUGCACCUGUGUGCCAUAUCACUGGAUCGCUAUAUUGCCAUAAAAAAGCCUAUACAAGCCAGCCAAUACAACUCCAGAGGCAAAACUCUCAUCAAAAUUGCAGUGGUAUGGGUCAUAUCAGCAGGCAUUGCUGUUCCUAUCCCGAUACAAGGUCUCCUAUACCCAAAUACCACCUUCAGUGCAAGCUAUACCUGCGUGGUUGGACUAGAGCCCUUCAAAUAUUUCAUUAUUUAUGGUUCCAUGGCUGCGUUCUUUGUCCCAUUUGGAAUCAUGGUGGUCAUUUAUUUCCUGACAAUCCACCUACUAAGAAAGAAAGCAUAUUUAAUCAAAAACAAGCCACCACAGCGCCUCACAUGGUCCACAGUGUCUACUGUAUUCCAGAGAGAUAUGACUCCUGGCUCUUCCCCAGAAAAGAUAGUUAUGCUAGAGGGUCCAAGAAAAGAUGGGACAUUCAAUUUUACUGGGGAAGAACUACCUAUUCGAAGGCUAUCCAGCGUUGGUAAGAAGUCUAUGCAAACAAUUACCAAUGAACAGAGGGCUUCAAAAGUCUUAGGGAUAGUUUUUUUCCUCUUUGUCUUCAUGUGGUGUCCAUUUUUCAUAACCAAUGUGACCUCAGUUCUUUGUGGGAAAGAUCAAUGUGAUGAAGAUGUAAUUAAGAUGCUGAUGGAUAUAUUUGUGUGGGUGGGGUACAUUUCCUCUGGUGUCAACCCGCUGGUUUACACCCUAUUUAACAAGACAUUUCGGGAUGCAUUUCGCCGCUAUAUUAAAUGUAACUUCCACGGCAUGCAGUCAGUUAAGCUCUUGAGGAACUGCUCUAGUCGCAUCUCAUUUCGGAAUUCUAUGGCUGAGAAUUCCAAGUUAAUUAUGAAACAUGGAAUGAGGAAUGGGAUUAACCCAGUCAUGUAUCAGAGCCCUCUGAGGCUGUGCAACGGUCAGCUUGAAUCGUCUGCUAUCUUAUUGGACACUUUACUACUUACAGAGAACGAAGCUGGGAAGACCGAGGAACAAGUGAGCUAUGUGUGAAUUGAAUACACACUGUUUAACCAUCACAAAGUGCAAAAUAUAACUUAAAGAGAUGCCGGAGUAUAAUUUGCAUAUUAUUUAUAAAUGUCAUUGUUGAGAAACCUAAAAUGGGAGAUUCUUGUAUAAUUAUCAUCUGUAAGAGAUCUUUUUUUCCCAAGAAACACCUGCAACUGCAAUUUGUUUUCCAAGAAAGACCUGCAACUACAAUUUGUUUUCUAAUGCUAAAAACAACAUAAGAAUUAACAGGCUUGUAAGAAGUAACUCAGAUAAGCAAUGACUACUACCCCAAAGAACAGCUGCAGAGGCCAACAUAUAGAGGAAGACUGGCAUGUGGAUAGUACAGCCAGUACAAUGCUGUAAAUAAAGACUGAUUAGACAUUUGUGAGCAUAUAAGUCAUAUCAGUUUACCCACAGUAUGUCUGGAAUCACAAGGUAAAAUGAGGUAUCAACCAGACAGUCAGUUGCUGCUGUGGAGGCUUAAGAAGCAGAUGGACUAGCCACUGACAUACACUGCUGUGGGAUACAGAUACUGACCACAUGCAAGAACAUCGAAAUGAUUUUGCUGCCUCCUGGAUUUACAUUGAGAAGAACGUUAUUAUAGCACUUAAGGGUUAUAUGAUUGUAAACAGGGUCAGAAUGCCUGAACUUCCAGUCAUCCUGCAUUUCCUAACCUUAUGGGUAGGCAGUAAGUGCAAUCAGAAUGUGGGAAAAACCAUGACAAAUCAGGGUCACUGAUGGUUGUGGUUGAGAUAAUAAACCUACAUAGAUCCUAAAAGCUGCUUCUUUUAUUGGGGAAAUCAGGCAAUCAGGGAUUACUUAACAGUAUGUAUGAGUGUAAGCUACAAACACACAAGACCUUUGAAGAUGAGGGCUACUGAGAUUACUGCAAUCUGGCCAGAACACAGACAGGCCGUCUGCAACAGGCACUGAUCACAGCAGGAAAUGUCAGCGAAAAAUUGCUAAAAAUUAAUUUAGGGCACAUAGAGCUUCAGUUCGCCUUUAAAGGAAUGUGUACCACCAAAUGUUAGCUAUCCAUGUUAAAUGUACAUGACACUAAAUCCAAGCAUACAUAUUAGGUACUUUAUCCAGGCAAUUCUCUCUCAUACAAACAGAACCAACGCUUUACUGAAGUGUGCCAUGCUUGGCGUUUACUUGCCACUAUGAAAACU